GUUUACUCGUGUGUGUUGAUGUAGUGUUCGUGGAGCGCUGUGAUGCCCCUGGAGGUCAAAUGGCCGUUCCCACAAUGCCCUGCUUUGGCGUGGAGGAUCUCCAGCUCACUGAUCAUGGGGAUGGUGGGCUCCUAUUCCUACUUCUGGACUAAGUACAUGAACUACUUGACGGUCCACAACCACGAGGUUCUGUUGGACCUGAUUGACCGGCGGCCCUCGGACACGCCCCUCAUCACUCUGUCCAAUCACCAGUCCUGCAUGGACGACCCGCACAUCUGGGGUGUGCUGAAGUUCCGGCAGCUGUGGACCUUCAACAAGAUGCGCUGGACCCCGGCAGCGUCGGACAUCUGCUUCACCAAAGAGCUGCACUCCAGGUUCUUCAGCCGGGGGAAGUGUGUCCCGGUCUGCAGAGGCGACGGCGUUUACCAGAAAGGCAUGGACUUCAUUGUGGAGAAGCUGAACAGAGGAGAAUGGGUGCAUAUUUUUCCUGAAGGCAAAGUGAACAUGACCGAGGAGUCCCUGCGGCUGAAGUGGGGCGUGGGCCGGCUGAUAGCCGAGUGCUCCCUCAAUCCCGUCAUCCUGCCCCUGUGGCAUGUGGGUCUGAACGACGUUCUGCCCAACGUGACGCCCUACAUUCCUCGGACCGGCAAGAGGAUCACGGUCCUGGUGGGGAAACCGUUCAGCAUGAAAGAGCUGGUUGAAUCCCUCCGAGCAGAAAACAAGAGCCAGCUGGAGAUGAGGAAGACCUUGACCGACUUCAUCCAGGAGGAGUUCCGUAGCCUGAAGGCUCAGGCCGAGGCCCUCCACGGUCAGAUCCAGACCACGUCCUGACUCCAGACGGCGUCCUGGGUCCAGACUGCAUGCUGGUGGCAAAGCUCCAAGCCGAUGAUGAUUUAGUUUCUCUUCCUCUUCUCUACUUACAAGCAUGUUUUGCGGUUCUCAUCAAACCGAUGGCGUCGGCGGCGGACGAGUCCUCGCGGCACGACGUACGUUUGACCCUAACGAGCAGCGCCGACCCAGGAAGUAGUUUGUCCUUUUAAUUUAGCCCGGUGGUAAUCAAGGACGCGCACGUCGGAGCCGGAGUCGCUCAGCUGCAUUUCAUGUUAUUUUACACCUUUUACCCGCCGUGUUCUCUCCCUCACAGCGAGGUUAAACCCACGUGAUCUGCGCUUGCUGCUCCGUGGCGCCGCCUGUGGCGACAAGCGGAAACUGCAGCGGUGUCUUUUGGAUCUCACCUGAGAUGCAAACGGUACCUCGUUGGGCGAAAUAGAUUUAGCCUUUUAGAGCUGGAUCAGUUUAACGCUCGUGGAGCAGCUGCUUUUAUCAGAAAUACAGCAAAAGAGAAACAUCUGUUUACACUGCAGCCUAAUAAACUCAGGAGGUUUUUAACAAAGAAAUCAGUCGAUAAUCAGCCUUUUUUUCCCACCGUGCCAUAAACCGUCUUGACUUCAUGCUGCACACGGUGACAUUAAAAAAACCUGUUCAUAAUGUUUCACAAUAAAAGCCCUGUGUGUCGCCACAUGAACACUUUAGAAUUAGCAGAGCGAUAAAAGUACAAACGGUAACGGUAAUGCUGUAUUGUUUCCUGUCAGGAAGUCUAUUCAAAAUGAAGCGAUAGCUUUACGGAACCGUUUCUUCUUUCAUCUCCUCGCCAGUGUGAUUCCUCGCAGCCUUAACCCAACUGACAGGACGGGGGGGGGGCGGGGCUUUGUGUGAUGUCACCCGGUCAUUAAUCAGGCUGAUUACAAUCGUCAUUACUUGAGGAUUAACAAAGCCAGGAGCGUUCUGCUGAAUCUGGCGGCGCUCACGACAGUAAGCGUGCUGCUCGGUGCACAAACACAUGGAGGGAUUUUAGGUGCGUGACUUGUAACCUAAAGAAGGGAAUCCGCACCCCACUGUCAACGUUUACAGCGGUUUGGCACAUAAACAUGCAGAAUAAAUGAUUGUUCGGAUGCUACUAAUGGUUGAUCAGCGACAUGUUUUACCUCUUUUCUCCUACAUCAUCACCUCCAGAUUGUGCGCCGCAUGAAGUUUCCAACAAUUUCUUUUCUCAGAUGAAGUAUUAAACCGUUAAGUUUUCUUUGGAGCUCAGAAUGCCACAACGUUAAAGAUGUACAGAGAUCGCAGGCUUUCACAACGGGGGAAAGAAUCCGUGGCUGUUUUACAAAUACUGUGAUUGACACUCUUUCCUACGCCAAUAAAUAUUCUUUUCUAAAUUUUAA